GUACACUCUAUAGCUAUAUCUCACGGGUAACUCAGCCACCACAACCUCAGCUCACAUUAUCAUAAUCUUCAUCUCUCAGCAACUGCAAGCUGCGACAAUAGCAGCCAUGGCAGCCCACGCUUUUCUCGCAACAACCCCAUCUCACCACACUCUCCUUUUUCCUUACUCAACUAACCCUUCAAACCCACCGGUUCUUCUCUCUUCAUUUCGCGGCGUCUCUCUCAAGCUCCCCCGUCAAUCCCUCUCCCUUUCCGCCUCUAUCCCCAAAAAGCCGUUUUCUGUUUUCGCUGUCACUAAGAAAGCAGUCGCUGUUCUCAAAGGUGAUUCUAAAGUUGAAGGCGUUGUCACGUUGACCCAGGAAGAUGAUGGUCCUACAACUGUGAAUGUUCGUAUUACCGGUCUUACUCCAGGGCCUCAUGGGUUCCACCUACAUGAGUAUGGUGACACAACAAAUGGAUGCAUGUCAACAGGAGCACAUUUCAAUCCUAACAACAUGACACAUGGUGCUCCUGAGGAUGAAGUACGCCAUGCGGGUGACCUGGGAAACAUAAUUGCUAAUGCUGAUGGAGUGGCAGAGGCAACAAUUAUGGACAAUCAAAUACCACUAAGUGGCCCGAAUGCAGUCGUUGGAAGAGCAUUUGUGGUUCAUGAGCUUGAGGAUGAUCUUGGAAAGGGUGGACAUGAACUUAGUCUAACCACUGGCAACGCUGGCGGAAGAUUGGCAUGUGGAGUUGUCGGCUUGACUCCGGAAUAAAUCUUUUCAGUAGCACCAGUUGGAAGAUGUGCAAUUUGUUGGUUGGUGUUGGCAGCUUCUCUUAUAGAGGCGCAUGUGAUGUUUGCUUUCAAUGUUGAUAGCCUGUUAUGUGAGAUUGUGCAGACAAGAGGUUUUAGUGGAACAACAUUUGCAGAGCUUUAUUAUCUUUGUCGAUCAGUAUUCCCUAUGCAAUAAAAAAAAUAAGUUAGUUGCAUGUGUUAUGGCUU